AUUUCCGGAAGAGGAGCAGGUCGGCAGAGGAGGAGGAAAAAGAGCAUCUUGCGGACCCCUCUGGCAUAGCUCGCGGACCCCUGGGGAUCCCUGGACCACCUGUUGGGAACCACUGCCAUGGACCAUGGCACGCCAGGCACUCCUGUCUUCCACUGUCUCCCGCAGUUUGGUCAAACUCAUGUUCAUAGCUUCAAGAAUACUGUCCAACCAUCUCGUCCUCUGUCGUCCCCUUCUCCUAGUGCCCUCCAUCUUUCUGCCAUCAAGGUUGUGUCAUCUGCAUAUCUGAGGUUGUUGAUAUUUUUUCCGGCAAUCUUAAUUCCGGUUUAGGAUUCAUCUAGUCCAGUCUUUCGCAUGAUGAAUUCUGCAUACAAGUUAAAUAAGCAGGGAGACAAUAUACAACCUUGUCGUACUCCUUUCCCAAUUUUGAACCAAUCAGUUGUUCCAUAUCCAGUUCUAACUGUAGCUUCUUGUCCCACAUAGAGAUUUCUCAGGAGACAGAUGAGGUGAUCAGGCACUCCCAUUUCUUUAAGAACUUGCCAUAGUUUGCUGUGGUCGACACAGUCAAAGACUUUUGCAUAGUCAAUGAAGCAGAAGUAGACGUUUUUCUGGAACUCUCUAGCUUUCUCCACAAUCUCUCUAGCUUUCUCCAUAAUCCAGCACAUGUUUGCUAUUUGGUCUCUGGUUCCUCUGCCCCUUCGAAAUCCAGCUUCCAGUUCUCGGUCCACAUACUGCCUAAGCCUGCCUUGUAUAAUUUUAAGCAUAACCUUGCUAGCGUGUGAAAUAACCGCAAUUGUGCGGUAGUUGGAGCAAUCUUUGGCACUGCCCUUCUUUGGGAAUGGGAUGUAGACUGAUCUUCUCCAAUCCUCUGGCCAUUGCUGAGUUUUCCAAACUUGCUGGCAUAUUGGGUGUAGCACCUUAACAGCAUCAUCUUGUAAAAUUUUAAAUAGUUCAGCUGGAAUAUCAUCACUUCCACUGGCCUUGUUAUUAGCAGUGCUUUCUAAGGCCCAUUUGACUUCACUCUCCAAGAUGUCUGGCUCAAGGUCAGCAACCACACUACCUGGGGUGUACGAGACCUCCAUAUAUUUCUGGUAUAAUUCCUCUGUGUAUUCUUGCCACCUCUUCUUGAUGUCUUCUGCUUCUUUUAGGUCCUUACCACUUUUGUCCUUUAUUAUGGUAAUCUUUGUACGAAAUGUUCCUUUCAUAUCUCCAAUUUUCUUGAACAGAUCUCUGGUUUUCCCCAUUCUAUUGUUUUCCUCUAUUUCUUUGCAUUGCUCAUUUAAGAAGACCCUCUUGUCUCUCCUUGCUGUUUUUUGGAAAUCUGCAUUCAGUUUCCUGUAUCUUUCCCUAUCUCCCUUGCAUUUUGCUUGCCUCCUCUCCUCCGCUAUUUGUAAGGCCUCGUUGGACAGCCAUUUUGCUUUCUUGCAUUUCCUUUUCCUUGGGAUGGUUUUCGUUGCUGCCUCCUGUAUAAUGUUACGAUCCUCCAUCCAUAGUUCUUCAGGCACUCUGUCCACCAAAUCUAAAUCCUUAAACCUGUUCCUCACUUCCACUGUGUAUUCAUAAGGGAUUUGAUUUAGAUUGUAUCUUACUGGCCCAGUGGUUUUUCCUACUUUCUUCAGUUUAAGCUGGAAUUUUGCUAUAAGAAGCUGAUGAUCUGAGUUACAGUCAGCUCCAGGUCUUGUUUUCGCUGACUGUAUAGAGCUUCUCCAUCUUGGCUGCAGAGAAUAUAAUCAAUCUGAUUUCGAUGCUGCCCAUUUGGUGAUAUCCAUGUGUAGAGUCGUCUCUUGUGUUGUUGGAAAAGAGUGUUUGUGAUGACCAGCUUGUUCUCUUGACAGAACUCUAUUAGCCUUUGCCCUGCUUCAUUUUGAACUCCAAGGCCAAACUUGCCAGUUGUUCCUUUUAUCUCUUGAUUCCCUACUUUAGCAUUCCAAUCCCCUGUAAUGAGAAGAACAUCCUUCUUUGGUGUCAUUUCUAGAAGGUGUUGUAAUUCUUCAUAGAAUUGGUCAAUUUCACUUUCUUCAGCACCGGUAGUUGGUGCAUGAACUUGGAUUACUGUGAUGUUAAAAGGUCUGCCUUGGAUUCGUAUCGAGAUCAUUCUGUCAUUUUUGAGAUUGCAUCCCAGUACAGCUUUUGCCACUCUUUUGUUGACUAUGAGGGCCACUCCAUUUCUUCUACGGGAUUCUUGCCCACAGUAGUAGAUAUGAUAGUCAUCCGAACUGGAUUCACCCAUUCCCUUCCAUUUUAGUUCACUGAUGCCCAGUAUGUCAAUAUCUUUUCUUGCUAUCUCAUUUUUGACCACAUCCAGCUUAUCAUUAUCCAUGGUUCUUACAUUCCAGGUUCCUAUUCGAUAUUUUUCUUUACAGCAUUGGACUUUCCUUUCGCUUCCAGGCAUAUCCGCAACUGAGCGUCCUUUCGGCUUUGGCCCAGCCGCUUCAUCAGCUCUGAAUCUAUUUGUACUUGUCCUCCGCUCUUCCUCAGUAGCAUGUUGGACGCCUUCCGACCUGAGGGGCUCAUCUUCCAGCAUCAUAACUUUUAUAUGCCUGUUGUCUUUGUCCAUGGAGUUUUCUUGGCAGGGAUACUGGAGUGGCUUGCCAGUUCUUUCUCCAGGUGGAUCACGUUUAGUCAAAAUUCUCCACUAUGACCUGUCCAUCUUGGGUGGCCCUGCAUGGCAUAGCUCAUAGCUUCUCUGAGUUAUUCAAGCCCCUUCGCCAUGACAAGGCAUUGAUCCAUGAAGGGGGAUGUACAGUAUACAAGUUAUAAAUGAAAUAUUAAAAUUUCAAUACCACAUUUCUACUCUUAAAAAAUAAUAAUAAUAUAAGAGGAGGUGCAAAUUCAUGUGUGUAAUAAUCCUUUCUUCUCUUCCUAGAAAACAAAUAGGAAUUUCUCCACCUUUCGCCCUCCAAAGCAAUGACGAAGGCAGUCAGAAUUCUGGGAGGCCAUGUGACCAAUGGGAAUAACGAAGAAACCAUUUAACUUCAUGGAGUGUGGAAAGAGAGAGGAGAAACAAUUUUAAAAUAUGGAGUUUGGGAAGAGCUUCACUGACAGCGGAACACUUAGAAAACUUCAACGGACUCACACAGGGGAGAAACCCUUUAAAUGCAUGGAGUGUGGAAAGAGCUUCAGUCAGAGUGGAAAACUUAGAAACCAUCAACGGAGUCACACAGGGGAGAAACCAUUUAAAUGCAAGGAGUGUGGAAAGAGCUUCCAUGCUAGUGGAAAACUUAGAAACCAUCAACGGACUCACACAGGGGAGAAACCCUUUAAAUGCAUGGAGUGUGGAAAGAGCUUCAGUCAGAGUGGAAACCUUAGAAACCAUCAACGGACUCACACAGGGGAGAAACCAUUUAAAUGCAAGGAGUGUGGAAAGAGCUUCACUGCUAGUGGAAAACUUAGAAACCAUCAAUGGACUCACACAGGGGAGAAACCCUUUAAAUGCAUGGAGUGUGGAAAGAGCUUCAGUCAGAGUGGAAACCUUAGAAAACAUCAACGGACUCACACAGGGGAGAAACCAUUUAAAUGCAAGGAGUGUGGAAAGAGCUUCACUGACAGUGGAACACUUAGAAACCAUCAACGGAUUCACAUAGAGGAGAAACCCUUUAAAUGCAUGGAGUGUGGAAAGAGCUUCAGUCAGAGUGGAAACCUUAGAAUUCAUCAACGGACUCACACAGGGGAGAAACCAUUUAAAUGCAUGGAGUGUGGAAAGAGCUUCACUCGGAGUGGACAGCUUAGAAACCAUCAACGGACUCACACAGGGGAGAAACCCUUUAAAUGCAUGGAGUGUGGAAAGAGCUUCACUUGGAGUGGAAUCCUUAGAAUUCAUCAAUGGACUCACACAGGAGUUAAACCAUUUAAAUGCAUGGAGUGUGGAAAGAGCUUCAGUAGGAGUGGACUCCUUAGAAUUCAUCAACGGACUCACACAGGAGUUAAACCAUUUAAAUGCAUGGAAUGUGGAAAGUGCUUCAGGCAGAGUGGACAGCUUAGAAACCAUCAACGGACUCACACAGGGGAGAAACCCUUUAAAUGCAUGGAGUGUGGAAAGAGCUUCAGUCAGAGUGGAAACCUUAGAAACCAUCAACGGACUCACACAGGGGAGAAACCAUUUAAAUGCAAGGAGUGUGGAAAGAGCUUCACUGCUAGUGGAAACCUUAGAAACCAUCAACGGAUUUACACAGGGGAGAAACCAUUUGAAUGCAUGGAGUGUGGGAAGCGCUUUACUGAAAGUGGAGCACUUAGAAAGCAUCAACGGAUUCACACAGGGGAGAAACCAUUUAAAUGCAAGGAGUGUGGAAAGAGCUUCACUGACAGUGGAACACUUAGAAACCAUCAACGGAUUCACAUAGAGGAGAAACCCUUUAAAUGCAUGGAGUGUGGAAAGAGCUUCAGUCAGAGUGGAAACCUUAGAAUUCAUCAACGGACUCACACAGGGGAGAAACCAUUUAAAUGCAUGGAGUGUGGAAAGAGCUUCACUCGGAGUGGACAGCUUAGAAACCAUCAACGGACUCACACAGGGGAGAAACCCUUUAAAUGCAUGGAGUGUGGAAAGAGCUUCACUUGGAGUGGAAUCCUUAGAAUUCAUCAAUGGACUCACACAGGAGUUAAACCAUUUAAAUGCAUGGAGUGUGGAAAGAGCUUCAGUAGGAGUGGACUCCUUAGAAUUCAUCAACGGACUCACACAGGAGUUAAACCAUUUAAAUGCAUGGAAUGUGGAAAGUGCUUCAGGCAGAGUGGACAGCUUAGAAACCAUCAACGGACUCACACAGGAGAGAAACCAUUUAAAUGCCUGGAGUGUGGAAAGAGCUAUAGUCAGAGUGGAGACCUGAAUUCACAUCAUCGAACUCACACAGGGGAGAAACCAUUUGAAUGCAUGGAGUGUGGAAAGAGCUUUACUGAAAGUGGAGCACUUAGAAUUCAUCAACGGAGUCACACAGGGGAGAAACCAUUUAAAUGCAUGGAGUGUGGAAAGAGCUUCACUAUUAUUGGAAACCUUAGAAGACAUCAACGGACUCACACAGGAGAAAAACCAUUUAAAUGCAUGGAGUGUGGAAAGAGCUGUAGUCAGAGAGGAGACCUUAUAAUUCAUCAACGGACUCACACAGGAGAUAAACCAUUUAAAUGCAUGGAAUGUGGAAGGAGCUUCACUAUUAUUGGAAACCUUAGAAGACAUCAACGGACUCACACGGGGGAGAAACCAUUUAAAUGCAUGGAGUGUGGAAAGAGCUGCAGUGAGAGUGGAGAACUGAAUUCACAUCAUCAAACUCACACAGGGGAGGAUCCCUUUAAAUGCAUGGAGUGUGGAAAGAGCUUCAGUAAGAGUGGAAACCUUAGAAACCAUCAACGGAUUUACACAGGGGAGAAACCAUUUGAAUGCAUGGAGUGUGGGAAGCGCUUUACUGAAAGUGGAGCACUUAGAAAGCAUCAACGGAUUCACACAGGGGAGAAACCAUUUAAAUGCAUGGAGUGUGGAAAGAGCUUCAGUACGCGUGGAAACCUGAAUUCACAUAAUCAAACUCACACAGGGGAGGAACCACUUAAAUGUAUGGAAUGUGGGAAGAGCUUUACUGAAAGUGGAGCACUUAGAAACCAUCAACUCAUUCACACAGGGGAGAAACCAUUUAAAUGCAUAGAGUGUGGAAAGAGCUUCGCUGCUAGUGGAAAACUUAGAACCCAUCAACGGACUCACACAGGGGAGAAACCCUUUAAAUGCAUGGAGUGUGGAAAGAGCUUCAGUCACAGUGGAAACCUUAGAAACCAUCAACGGAUUCACACAGGGGAGAAACCAUUUGAAUGCAUGGAGUGUGGGAAGCGCUUUACUGAAAGUGGAACACUUAGAAAGCAUCAACGGAUUCACACAGGGGAGAAACCAUUUGAAUGCAUGAAGUGCGGAAAGAGCUUCAGUCAGAGUGGAAAACUUAGAAACCAUCAAUGGAGUCACACAGGGGAGAAACCAUUUAAAUGCAUGGAGUGUGGAAAGAGCUUCAGUACGCCUGGAAACCUGAAUUCACAUAAUCAAACUCACACAGAGGACAAACCACUUAAAUGUAUGGAAUGUGGGAAGAGCUUUACUGAAAGUGGAGCACUUAGAAACCAUCAACGGAUUCACACAGGGGAGAAACCAUUUAAAUGCAUGGAUUGUGGAAAGAGCUUCAGUCAGAGUGGACACCUUAGAAAUCAUCAACGGAUUCACACAGGGGAGAAACCAUUUAAAUGCAUGGAUUGUGGAAAGAGCUUCACUGAUAGUGGAACACAUAGAAAACAUCAACGGACUCACACAGGGGAGAAACCAUUUAAAUGCAUGGAGUGUGGAAAGAGCUUCAGUCAGAGUGGAGACCUGAAUUUACAUCAUCGAACUCACACAGGGGAGAAACCAUUUAAAUGCAUGGGAUGUGGAAAGAGCUUCAGUACGCGUGGAAACCUGAAUUCACAUCAUCGAACUCACACAGGAGAGAAACUAUUUAAAUGCAUAGAGUGUGGAAAGAGCUUCAGUCAGAGUGGAAUCCUUAGCAAACACCACCAAAGUCACAAAGGGAAAACCACUUAAUUAUAUGAAGUGUAGAUAGAAUU